GCACACGAGCCCUCUGUCAAGCUGACCAGGGGCCACAGCUGUGUGCUCUGUCAGCAGAGGAAGGUCCGCUGUGACAAGAACAAGCCAUGCGCCAACUGCGUCAAGGCCGGUGUCGAGUGCAAGGUGGUCCCUCCGCAGCCGCCCCGCCGCCGCAAGAAGAGGCCGCACGAGAGGGAGCUUAUCGAUCGCCUCAAGAAGUACGAGUCGCUGCUCAGCCAGCAUGGCGUCGACUUUGAGCCGAUCGGCCAGGCUCUGCGGUCUUCUGACCCGUCUGCCAUCGAUGAGGUGGACGAGCUUGAGCAUGGUAUCGAGGGGUUGAAGACGUCUCCAUCGUCCACUGGAGAUGCUCAGACUCCUGUUGUACUUAUCCAUGAUUACAGGAGCCAGGACUAUCCUUUUCGAGAUUCCUCGGAUGAUGGUUCUGACGGCCCCUUGAUCCAUCAAGCGUUUGACAAGAUGUUCGAUGGGUCAGACGGCUUUCCAUUCGCCAUUGGCGGGUCCAUCAUGUCCAUCACCGAGCUGCAUCCUCCUACUGUACAAAUCUUCCAGCUAUGGCAGAUCUACUUGGAGAAUGUCAAUCCGCUCCUGAAGAUCAUUCACACACCCACCUUGCAGAGCCAGCUGAUAGAAGCAGCAGCGAAUCCCGCCAAGAUCGCGAAACCGCUCGAGGCUUUGUUGUUUAGCAUCUAUUACAUCGCCGUCCUCUCACUCACGGACGAGGAGGUGCUAGAAAGAUUCAAGGAAGAGAAGAGCCGGAUGAUGUCUAAAUUUCAUCGUGCCACCCAACAGGCAUUGAUCAAUGCCGGUUUCAUGCGAAGUCCGGAUAUCGUUGUCCUUCAGGCUUUUUUCACAUACCUGAUCGCCGUGCGCCAAAAUGUCGACCCACGAGCACUUUUCUGCUUGAUAGGUAUCGCUGUCCGGGUGGCGAACCGGAUGGGGCUCCAUCAAGAUGCUGAACAGUUUCACUUUGCACCCUUCGAGGUGGAGCUUCGACGACGCCUCUGGUGGCAGCUCGUCAUAUUCGACAAGAGAAUUGCAGAGAUAACAGGGUCUACAAUCACGGCUCUGUCCUCGAGCAGAGGCGACUGCAGGCCGCCUCUGAACAUCAACGAUCCCGACCUCCACGUGAAUGCCAAGGAGCCCAUUCAGCCUCACACCGGCCCUACCGAGAUGCUCUUCAGUCUCACGCGCAUCGAGUUGACGGUGGCUGCAGAUCCAGAAGGCGCGCGCCCUGUUGCGAAUCUAGCUGGGAGCUCCUCGGGCGGUAAACAGACCUGGCAUUACAGUCCUUCUCCCGUCUCGUCCGACGUGUUUACAAAUGCUACCCGGCACAAUCUUCCCCUGGCGAACCUGAAUGACUAUAUCAAGUACCUGGAGGAAACCUAUCUGAACCACUGCGACAACAAGAUCCCCUUACACUCCUUCACCUUCCUGAUGACCCGCCAGGCGAUCUGCAAACUCCGUCUCAUUGACUACUUCUCCCGCGGCUACCUCCAGCGAUUCCCGGACCCCAACACCAUGUCAGCGCCCGACCGCGCCGUCCGCGAUGCUAUGUUCUCCGAGGCCAUCCAGGUCAUCGAGUACGAUAACGUGAUCCAGAGCGAAGAGUCCCUACUCCGCUUUAAAUGGUACACCUUCAUGCACUUCCCCUUCCCACCGUUCGCCUUCCUGGCCACGGAACUCCGCUUCGUCACCACGGGCGACCUAUGCGACCGCGCCUGGGCCGCCAUCAUUGAUAAUCACGAGAAGCGGAGGAUGACAGACAAUCUUAAGAGCCCUAUGUACACCGCUAUAGGUAGUACGCUGCUCAGGGCGUGGGACGCGCACGAGGCCGCAGAGGCACAGCUAGGCAGGUCUCUGCCGCAGCCAAGGGUGAUCACCGUCAUGCGGGAGGUGCUGAAGAAG